ACAGGUCAAUUUUCCUUCUUUACGAGGAACACUGCUGCUCUACUGUCACACACGCACUCUACAAAUUCAACUCAGAUCUCAUCUCCCUCUUCUGUUCUUAUUUAUUUCUAUAUACAUUUAUAUAGCUUUUUUGUUUUAUUUUUUUGUGAGACAAAGUUGGGAUUUUUAUUUUAUUUCCUUGCACCCAAUUGGAUUUUGAUCUGAACCCAGUUAAUCAUUUAUUAAGUGUAUUGUGAGGAAUCUGUCUGUCGUUGUUUCUAAUUUGAAGUAUUGGAGUUGCUACAAUAAGUGGGGUUUUGAGUGGUGAAUUUGACAUUGAAUGUCUUGUGAAACAAAAUCUUUUUAGUCUGUAACAGAGCAGUGAAAGUUGCAAUUUGGAUUUGUACUUUCAACUAAUAAAUGUCGAGGGGAAGAUCUGAUGGAUCUCAAAAAAAGCGUUUAGUGGCUUCCAUCUGUGCCGUGGCAAUUUUUCUUGGUUUUCUGUAUGUAUAUGGUGGAUCCAUCUUUGGUUCUCAGAGUAGUGGUUCCACUGCUCUUGAAUAUGGCAGCAGAUCAUUGAAAAGACUUGGCUCAUCAUAUUUGGGUGCAGAGGAUGACACUGAUGGCAAGCAAGAUGAAUCUUCAUCAAGUUUCAGGCAGGGAGAUGGGGAAGACAAUAUUGUUCCAAAGAGUUUCCCUGUUUGUGAUGAUCGGCAUUCUGAGUUGAUUCCCUGCUUAGAUAGACACCUUAUUUAUCAAAUGAGGAUGAAGCUGGACCUUUCUGUGAUGGAACACUACGAGAGACAUUGCCCUCCUGCAGAAAGGCGGUACAAUUGUUUGAUUCCUCCUCCAUCUGGAUACAAGGUCCCUAUUAAGUGGCCACAAAGCAGAGAUGAGGUGUGGAAAGCAAAUAUCCCACACACUCACCUUGCACAUGAAAAGUCUGACCAGAAUUGGAUGGUUGUAAAAGGUGAAAAAAUAGUGUUUCCUGGGGGUGGGACUCAUUUUCACUAUGGAGCUGAUAAGUACAUUGCAUCAAUAGCAAAUAUGCUUAACUUUUCAAACAAUAAUCUAAACAACGAAGGAAGGUUGCGGACAGUACUUGAUGUUGGCUGUGGUGUUGCAAGUUUUGGAGGAUAUCUCCUAUCAUCUAAUAUCAUUGCAAUGUCCUUGGCACCAAAUGAUGUGCAUCAGAAUCAAAUUCAAUUUGCCCUAGAAAGAGGAAUUCCUGCAUAUCUUGGUGUCCUGGGAACUAAGAGACUCCCUUACCCAAGCAGAUCUUUUGAAUUUGCUCAUUGUUCUCGUUGUCGAAUUGAUUGGCUUCAAAGAGAUGGAAUACUACUUCUUGAACUAGAUCGGUUGCUCAGGCCAGGAGGUUAUUUUGCGUACUCAUCUCCAGAAGCAUAUGCUCAGGAUGAAGAGGAUCUAAGGAUAUGGAGAGAAAUGAGUGACCUUGUGGGGCGUAUGUGUUGGAAAAUUGCUGCAAAGAAGAACCAAACUGUUGUCUGGCAAAAACCUCUGACAAAUGACUGUUAUAUGGAAAGAGAACCUGGUACUCGCCCUCCUCUUUGCCAGUCUGAUGAUGACCCAGAUGCAGUUUGGGGAGUAAAUAUGGAAGCAUGCAUAACACCUUACAGUGAUCAUGACAACAAAGCCAAGGGUAGUGGAUUAGCUCCAUGGCCUGCAAGAUUGACUAGUCCUCCUCCUAGAUUAGCUGACUUUGGCUAUUCAAAUGAAAUGUUUGAAAAGGACACGGAACAAUGGCAAAGGAGAGUUGAGAAGUACUGGGAUCUCUUGAGUCCAAAAAUCACAUCAAACACAUUGAGGAAUAUUAUGGAUAUGAAAGCAAACAUGGGUUCAUUUGCAGCUGCUCUUAGAGACAAGGAUGUUUGGGUGAUGAAUGUUGUACCACAGGAUGGACUAAACACACUUAAGCUUGUAUACGACAGAGGCCUCAUAGGCACUACUCAUGACUGGUGUGAAGCAUUUUCAACAUACCCCCGGACAUAUGAUUUACUUCAUGCAUGGACUGUCUUCUCUGACGUAGAAAAGAAAGGUUGCAGUGCAGAGGAUCUAUUAAUUGAGAUGGAUCGCAUGCUUCGGCCUACUGGUUUUGCAAUCAUCCGAGAUAAACAGCCAGUGAUUGAUUUUAUAAAGAAGUACCUAAGUGCUUUGCAUUGGGAAGCAAUUGAUUCCAGUUCUCACUCUAUCCAAGAUGGUGAUGAAGUUAUUUUUAUCAUCCAGAAGAAAUUGUGGUUGACUAGUGGAAGCUUUAGGGACACAGAAUAGGACAACCAUUGCAUUUUCUUAUAUAUUAUUGUCUGCUGCUACAAGGGAUCAAAGCACGUCUCAAGUGGUGAAGCAGUAAACAACUUCAUUUUGUAGCAUUACAUGUUGCUUUCUUUACAUAUUUAAUUUCCUUCUUUUGAUUCUUAUUUUUGGGAUGAUGAUUAUUCAUGUGAUUAAGACAUACAUAGGCAUCACGCUUUUAUAGGUUAUUCAAAAUUUUGCCUGAAUUUGGGGAUUAUGUAAGCUAAUUAAUAAUCAAGACAUAGAAGUCACUUAUAUAAGUUAUGUAAUAUAUAUACAUACCUUUUCUGCCUAGGGUCCAAUUUGUUUUUGUUCUUUGA